GCCACCUCGGAGGCGGUGGCGAGCGCGGCCGGCCCCGGCUCCGCGUAAAGCUCCCCCGCCUGCCCAGCGGCGGCCCAGGCCCGAGCGGAGCUCGUCGCCCGCUUCCCGAACCCUAAGCGUCGACUCCCGGCCCCGGAGGCGCUGGAGCCCGAGCAGGAGGCGCCGCCUUCCCCGCGCCGCGCGCCCUCGCCGUUGUCUGCGCUCUGCUCUGGACCAGUUUGGGGAAGUUGCCGGGGCCCCGCGUCGCCCAGAUGUGCGACCUCAUUGAACCGCAGCCGGCCGAGAAGAUCGGCAAGAUGAAGAAGUUGCGGAGAACUUUGUCGGAGAGUUUCAGCCGCAUCGCUUUGAAGAAAGACGACACCACCUUUGAUGAGAUAUGUGUCACAAAGAUGUCUACACGGAACUGCCAGGGAAUGGACUCAGUGAUCAAACACCUGGACACAAUUCCUGAGGAUAAAAAAGUCAGGGUUCAGAGGACACAGAGCACUUUUGACCCAUUUGAGAAACCGACUAAUCAAGUAAAAAGGGUACAUUCGGAGAACAAUGCUUGCAUUAACUUUAAGUCCUCCUCAGCUGGCAAAGAGUCACCUAAAGUUAGGCGGCACUCCAGCCCAAGCUCGCCAACAAGUCCCAAAUUUGGAAAAGCUGACUCAUAUGAAAAACUGGAAAAGCUAGGAGAAGGAUCUUAUGCUACAGUAUACAAAGGGAAAAGCAAGGUAAACGGGAAAUUGGUAGCCCUGAAGGUGAUCAGGCUGCAAGAAGAAGAAGGUACACCUUUCACAGCCAUCAGGGAAGCUUCUCUAUUAAAAGGACUAAAACAUGCUAACAUAGUACUGCUUCAUGAUAUCAUCCAUACAAAGGAGACGCUGACACUUGUCUUUGAAUAUGUGCACACUGAUUUAUGUCAGUACAUGGACAAGCACCCUGGGGGGCUCCAUCCAGAUAAUGUGAAGUUGUUUUUAUUUCAGUUACUGCGAGGGCUGUCUUAUAUCCACCAGCGUUAUAUUUUGCACAGAGACCUGAAACCACAGAACCUCCUGAUCAGUGACACGGGGGAGUUGAAGCUGGCAGAUUUUG